UCCCAGCUGACGCUCAUGAAAGGGCGAUGUACCUUGUUGAAAUGGCAAACACCUAUGGGAGCGAACAAGGAUACGUUCUACUAUGGGGCAUUUUCAAGAAACCAAUUGUGGUGCCCUGUAGUCCAAAAGUGAUGGGGAGUAUAUGCAAAAGUAAUGAACCAAAGUCAAAAGGACUUGGGGGCUCUUAUCGGUUUUUACUGCCAUGGCUAGGUGAAGGAUUGCUUGUUGCCAAUGGAGAAAAAUGGGCGCGAAACAGACGUCUGCUAACUCCCGCCUUCCACUUCGAGAUUCUUAAGCCUUACACCAAAGUGUUUAACCAAUCAGCUGAUAUACUUGUGAAAAAGCUGAUGAUGAAAGCAGAAUGUUGCGAGAGGUUUGAUGUUUUUCAGCACAUCAGUUUAUGCACAUUGGAGGUCAUACUCAAAUGCGCUUUUUCAUACAGUAAAGAUGUACAGAAUGCUGGAGAAACUAAUCCAUAUGUGAAAACAGUCAACAGGUUGACAGACGCUGUCAUAUACAGGUUUCUGCGGCCUAUAACGUUUUUCGAUACCGUUUGGAACAUCUGUCCAGUGGGACGACAGUUUAAUAAAGACUGUGAAUUUGUUCACUCCGUGGCCGAGGAAAUUAUCGACAAACGGAGAGAAACGCUGGAACAGACCGGAAGUCCUAAGAGUGGUCGGUACAUUGACUUUCUAGACAUCCUUCUAACCGCGAGGGAUGAGGAGGGUCGGGGACUCUCAAGACUGGAAAUCCGAAACGAAGUUGACACAUUUUUGUUUGAAGGGUAUGACACAACAGCUAGUGCCAUAUCAUGGAUCUUGUAUUCUCUGGCGGAAAAUCCCGAAUGUCAGCGAAAAUGUCAGGCGGAGAUUGACGAAGUACUCGAUGGUAGGGAAAGCGAUGAUCUGGAAUGGUCAGAUUUAAAUCAGCUGGAAUACCUAACAAUGUGUAUCAAAGAAGGUAUGCGCUUGCAUUCCCCGGUGCCUGGUGUGAGCCGCGAAACAACACAAGACUUCGAUCUUGGCGACAGAGUCGCCCCUGAAGGAACAAUUAUCGUUAUAAAUAUUUGGAUAUUAAACCACAUGGAAAAUGUAUGGGGUCCAGAUCAUAUGGAAUUCAAACCAGAACGAUUCUCUAAAGAAAACAUUGACAAGAUCGAACAUUUCCAGUAUGUGCCGUUUUCAGCAGGGCCAAGGAACUGUAUUGGACAGAACUUUGCCUUAAACGAAGAAAAGGUUGUACUGUCAAAGUUAUUGAGAAAUUUUACAUUUAGACUGGAUCCAAAUCAUAAAGUUGAAAAGAGCCUUUCGGGCGUCAUGAGAACAAAGGAUGGAAUGUACAUGUUUGCUGAGAAACGGGAACUUUGAGACGACAGUGAAACUUGCGGGCUGAUAAUUUGGACAUAUUUUAAAAUAUUUUAUAUAUGAAAUUGAUUUGAGGGCGAAUGUCUUAAUGCGUAAAUUCAGACUCACUUAAUAAAAUCUGUAAGAAGACCCUCUGGAAGCAUAGAAUGCAACCAAACAAAAUGAUAGCAGACCAGGUUUGAUUGAGUCUGUUCAUUUUAGGUAUUGAAAGUGCAACCGUGACCCCUCACGACCCCUAGCACGUGCAAAAACGGAGUUCUAUUAUUGUUAUGUUUGCUUUGCUCCGUACAGCAGGAAAAAACACACGCAAG